AUGAAGAAAACACUCCUGCUCGUCUUUAUCCACGGAUUUAGGGGCGGCAAUGAUACUUUCCUCAAAUUCCCAGACCAACUCACCGCUCUCGUGAGACAUGCGCUCCCCAAUAUAUCCGUGCAAUACGUGACGUACCCCAAAUUCGAGACGAGGGGUGACUUGAAAGAAUGCGUGGGGAGGUUUCGGGAAUGGCUCCAGAAUAAAGUAAUAGACAUCGAAGUCGCCAACUCCACCCCCUCACCAACCAUCGAUCCCUCCGUACACGUUAUCCUUAUCGGGCAUUCAAUGGGCGGCAUCGUUGGCGCCGAAACUCUUUCGCUGCUCGCCUCCGAACAACCCAUCCCUUCCCUGUCUGCAUCACAAACAAAAGAAUCCGCGCCUUUCUUCAUGUUUCCUCAUGUCCAAGGGUUGAUGGCGUUCGAUACACCGUUCUUGGGAAUUGCGCCGGGAGUCGUGUCGCAUGGCGCGCAGGAACAUUAUAAGACUGCUUCGGCGGCGUACAAUACUUUAAAUGAGGUGGCGGGGAUUUUUGGAUAUAGGGGGAAUAAAGCUGUCACUGCUGGCACGGCAGCGACGACCACAUCAACGACGACAACGACAGCUGGUUCUGUAACGUCGAAAUCGGGAAUAUUGCCCCUCCCACCAGCAACGACGGACGCAGCUGCAGAUGCUGCGGCGACACCUUCGUGGUCCCGAUGGGGGAAAAUGGCCAUGUUCGCCGGUGCAGCUGGCGCAGUUGCGGCCGGCGGUGCAGCAGCACUGUACUCGCAACGGGAGCGGUUCAGUGAAGGAUGGCGAUGGGUGACUUCCCAUCUCGAGUUUGUGGGUUGUCUUGCGCGGCCCGGCGAGCUACAGAAACGUGUUGCUUCGCUUGCGGAUAUUCAGCGAGAAAGGGGGAUACAAGCGAUUAAUUUUUAUACCUGUCUCGGCCAGGGGGCUGCGCCGAGGCCUGUUGAUCCUGCCUCCAAUAAUGCGACGAAGUCACCACAAUCCUCGCUCUUCCUGCGAAUCCCCCGCGCCAAGGAUCGCACAUUUUGCCAUCUCCCCGAAGACUUUGAUGCCAACGACCACUUGCUAGCGGGGGACGGAACACUGGACCAUCCCGGCCUGCGAUGGGUUCUUGCGCUGAAUGAUAAAGCAUCUGAUGAGACCACGGCGCAUAUCAAUAUGUUUGGGCCGAAGGAGAACCCAAAGUAUUACAUGUUGACGCAUGAGGCGGCGGAUGUGAUUGUGAGGUGGAUUGAUCAGGGGUGGUAUGCCAGUGCUACUACUGAGCGGGAGGGUGGUGAUGACGGGGCGAUGAAGGAGCCGGAAGAGGGAGGAGAAGGGGAAGGGACAGGGAAGGGGAGGGAGGACAAGGAGGACUUCAUUGUUGUAUAG